CGACCGACACAAAUGUCUCCGUUUCUAACCGGAGUUUAGGUCUGAACGGAUCAGAGCAACGGAGCCCGGGAGACUGAUAACGUCGCCGACGGCGGAUGCCGCUCACGUUGCGGAAUUCUGCCGGGAGGAGGAGAAAAAACCCGGAUGAGAAGCUCCCGGAGCGACCCGGGGAGUCUACUUCUGCUCAGGUGAUGGCGCCCACACGCAUGAAACUGCGUGUGCGCCGUCGUGAUGGUGCAGGUGCAGUGGGAGGCGGUCAGCCGGCUGAGGAGGAGGAGCGGAGUCGAGAGACCAGCGGUCGCGGCAGCAGCCGGAGGAAAAACACCAGUAACACCUCGACCACUGUUGCCACCGCCUCCUCUCCGCCCACGUCCUCGGCCUCGGCGAGGGCGGUGGUGGCGGCAGAGGAGGCAUCACCUGACUCCAAGUGCCCCAUCUGUCUGGACCGCUUCAACAACCUGGCGUACCUGGACCGCUGCCUGCACCGCUUCUGCUUCCCCUGCAUCCAGGAGUGGUCGCACAACAAGGCAGAGUGUCCGCUCUGCAAGCAGCCCUUCGCCUCCAUCCUGCACUCGGUCCGUGCCGAGGAUGACUUCAAGGAGUACACGCUGCGGCCGGCGCCCGCCAACAGCAGCGUGGCCGCCACUGUGGCAAUGGUGGCCGCAAUGGCGUCGGCGGCGAGGAGCGACCACCAGAUGCGGUUGAUGCUGAGGAGGCACAGGGCAACGGACGGCGGAGAGACAACGACGAGGAGGCGGAGGAGGGAGAGGGGAGGGAGAGGAGGGGGGAGCAGGAGGACGGGGGAGAGGACGGGGGUGUGGGAAUGGUACCUGGACUCUCCUCCUCUCCCCCCUCUUCCUCACCAUCCCGCUGUGUCUCCCAUGGUCGCCGAGGACAGUGGGGAGGGGGAAGACCUGGAGCAGCAGAGGAUGAGGGGAGGGGCAGAUCUGGCGGAGCGCGGUGUGAUAUUUGAGGGACUGACGGGCCUUGGGGGGGCAGUGUCAGUAGCCCCCAACGACCGGGCGUCACGGCGGCUGAUGACCCGUCUGGCGGCGAGGCAGCGGCUGCAGCGAGAAGGUGGAACUGUGCGGCGGUUGAGGGAGAGAGAGUGUGUGGCCUUCCGCCGCGCGCUCUACCGCUGUGGCAUACGGGUCCGCGGUGUUGCCGGGGUCAGCGGUAACCAGGCGCAGCAUCGUGACAUCACAGCAGAGAGCUUCCGUCGCAACCCAGCCCACCUGAACAGACUCCGCCCCUGGCUACGGCGGGAGCUCACGGUGUUAUAUGGUGCUCACGGUACGCUGGUCGACAUCGUCCAACGCAUCAUCAUGGCACGGCUGGCCCGCCACGGCUUGGAGGACACGCCCACCAUAGAAGAAGAGCUGCGGCCGUUCUUGUUGGCUCGCACCGACCACUUCCUGCACGAGCUGGUCAGCUUCGCCCGCUCACCGCUCAGCCUGGAAAACUAUGACCUGCAGGCGGUGUAUGAGCCGCCCGCCACGGCCAUGGAGCUAGAUGGGAUGAGCAGCCCGUCUGACAGCAGCUCCGUCAUUGCCAUAUCAGAGGGCGAGGAGGAGGAGAGCCGGGGGGGGGGAAUGUCAGAGGAGAGGCUGCAAGGGAGAGCGGGGAGCACUUACGAUGAUGUGAUUCAAACAGGAAGUAGCCUUAGCCUGUCUGCCUGGGACGACGAAACGCCGGGCCCCUCCUACUCUACUGCCGAGCCGUCAUGUUCACUCACCUCACUGUCAUUCAGCCCCGACACACACAAGCCAGCCAAUAAGGACGCGGGAGAGAAGCGGGAGGAAGAGGGGGAGGAGGAGUGUCUGAUCGUUGGAUACAAGAAGCCGAUCGCAGAGCGGACACCGGAGCUGGUGCAGCUCUCCUCCGACACCGAGGAGGAGGAGGAGAAGGAGAGAGAGGAGGAAAAGAUGGUUGAGGAUGCUCCGCCCCUCCCCUCCACCACCCCUCCUCUUUCGUACCUACCUACAAUCCCUCCCUCCACAUCUGGCGCCUACCUAGAGGAGCAGAACGACAAGCCGAAGGAGAAAGACGGCGAGGCGGGUGGGCGUCGCUCACGUGCACGCUCCUGGUCGGUGAGCUCGGGGCGAAGCCGGGAGUCCGUGUGCACGCUCAGCCCGAGCGAGCAGCGGCCGGAGAGCUGGAGAGACAGGAAACAGUGUGGUAGUGAGGUGGUGAGGGAGAAGAGGAGGAGGAAGAAGAGGAGAAGAGGGCGGGAGAGGAGUGGUACCUUGUACAACCCAAACCGAUCCAUCUAUCCCGCCAUGAUGCACCGCCGCUCCCACUCUCCCUCGCCGUUUUACUCCAGCGUUGAGUCCGGUUCACCGCUGCCGCCCAGCCCACCCGACUCCAGCUGGGAGUACCACUGCUCCCCCUUUACCUCCUCUGUCUCCUCGCGCUCCUGCUCUUCCUCCUCCUCACCCCUCUGCUCCUCCCCGCAGCCACCGUCGUCACCACCACCGCAGACGCCGCCGACGCCCUCGCUCUCCCCCGGCGACACUCACCACAGAGAAAAACCCGGUGGGAAGAGGAAGUACAAGAGCCGCCACCUGGACAGCAACGACAAGGACCCGACCUGGAGGCCGAGCAGCAGCCACCGCAAGGAGAAGAGGAGGGAGAGCAGCGGCAGGAGGUCCAGAGAAGACCGGAGUCCGAGUGUGGAGAUCAUCUACGAGGGCACUAUCAUGUCCGACGCGACACAACCUCCCGCCCGCAAACGCCGCAGGAAACGCCACCGAAAGAUGCCACACAACAGUUCUCCAGUCAUCAUCACCCUCGACAGCGACAGCAGCCACGACGACCUCAACAACAAAAACAUCAGCAGCGGCAGCAGUAGUCCGCUCAGCAGCCAGCAGACCGUCGACUUCUCCGACCUCCCUCCUCUCCCGUUGGUGCAUUCUGCCGGUGUAGGCGGGGCCUUGGAAGGUGAAAUUGGCGAGCUUCCCGUUGACAUCCUAGACCGGGGAUCUGACGGGUCGGAGACGGAGCCAGCGGGCCAAUCGGGUCCCAUCGCAAUCGAUAACAGCGACAACAGCGAUGACGUGGACGUGGAAAAUGUCGAAGAGAAUGAUUCACUGCUGGUGUGGAGUGAUGAUAGAGGGCUGUCUUCGAACUUACAUGGACCAAUCAGAAAGGUCGACACGAAGACGACCACUGAUAAUCAUCCAAGAGAGGCAACGAGUGCGGAUGCUCAGCGUCCAGGAGACAAAGACUCUGCUGCCGUUACGACCUCUGACAGCUGUCUGCUAGCAACCAUCCUAAAUGACCUCAAGGAAAUUGCUGUUCCUAAACGUGACUCGUCUUCGAACUUUAGUUCCUCCCCCGACACCAGAAGAAAAUGUCUUCAGGCUCGUUCCAAUCAGGGCGACUGGUUGGCUGAGACGAGACGUCCCGAUGCUGAUUUGCCUGUGGAGCGAGAACAAAAUCAGGGGUCGGACUGUCGUACCUUCACGCCACCGCCGCCGCCUUCUCUUCAGCAGCUGAAGGAGGGCGGAGUCAGACACGAGGGCGUGGACAUCCCUCCACUCCUAAAAAAGGCCAGUCCUGUUCGGUCACACAACAGAAACACGCCACCACCAUUAAAACACAAAGAUGCUGGGAGUCCACACCUGUCGCCCGCUGGCCUCCACUCACCUCAUGCCUCCAUCGACGUUGACCCAGUUGGUGCAAAUAAUCCUGUUGACCUCAAUUUAAAUCCCGUCGACUCCCGUUUGUCUCCCGAUCCGCCCAAAGAUCACCAGGUCAUCCCGCCCAUUUCAACACUGAAGAAACAUUUAAAGAGCGCUUUGGCGUCUGCUAGCAGCGUUAGCACUGACCUGCAUCCUUCCUUUCAUUUAACACCUAUUGACUCUCCUAAAGUCCGAGCAUUAACCACUGAGAUCCAUUCCAUAAGUCACAAACCCCCCAUUGAUAUCCACUCAUCUUCUGGGUCUGAAAAUACCACUCCACAUCUGGAUUUCUUGAAUUCUCUUCAUUCUUCAAAGUUACAUUCCUGUCGUGAGAGCACAAAGGAAACACCUUCCUGUGGUGUCGGAUCUUCACCCAUUAACUUACAUCCUGUGAAUUCUUUAUCUGCCAUUGAUUUUCAUUCAGCUGAUACCGGCUGGUCCAAAGAGAAACGAGCGCGCACUGACUCUACCUCCGGAGGUUGCAGGAAUGAGACUUUAAUGAAUUCCUGUCAGGUAGCACCCGUUGACCUCCAUCUUUCCAGCAGUGUUUGUGCUGGAGGCACGCCGGCAGGUAGUGGUGUUUUCUCAGGAGUCACUUCUAACGUCACGUCACCUGCUGUUUCGGGUUCGUCCCUCGAAUCCAGGACUCAGAAUCCCUCCUCACCCAUUGACUCGCACUCUUCCAAUAAAAGAGAGAACCUGUCACAAAAGCUUAGACUGAACCCUGUGCCAACAGCAGCUCCCAGUGGCAGGUUGACACCCAUUGACUUGCAUCCUAGAAGUCCCAAAUCUACUGUUGAUCUCCACUCUUCCAGUGCAGCUUCAGAAGGACUGGCCGAUGGCACGCCAUCAUCAAUAAUCAAUCACGGGGAUCGAUCGCCCGGUGGUCACCCGCCACCCAUUGAUUUGCAUCGUAGAAGUCCUCCGCCAUCCGCUAACCUGCAUUCUUCUCGCUUUGUCACCACUAUGAUUGAUGGACACUCCAACCACACAGCCUUACCCCCCUCCUCCACCUUCCACACUGCACACAGGAAGUGCAGUUCUCGAGCCGAACCUACUGUUGACUCCCACUCAGACCUUCGCCACUCUGACUCAAAACAUCACAACCACUUUGACCCCAGCUCCAACUCACAGUUCCCCGUUGAUGCCCGCUCCAAACAUAACGCCCCCAUUGACUCUCAGCGUGAGCCCAAGCAACCCAUUGACGCUCACUCGAAAAGCUCUCGGAGAGACUUCCAGCUCCACGCAGACAAUCGCAUCACGUCUUUCCCCGGGUCCGUUGAGAACCAGUGGAACUCCGGUGCUGACACCCGUUCAGACUCGCGGUCGCCCAUUGACGAAUGUUCGGCGAGCGGAGUUUGGGCCGCACACACACACUCCACGUAGAACACACUCAUGAAAAGAGAUUUAAGUGUUGAAGACUCAAAGGACGAACACUCGAUUUUUAUCUCUGUUGCUAUUUUUUGUUUAAUUGUUUAAGAUAAAUUGUGUUCAUUUAAAAUUUAACCCCUUACUGCCUGUUUCAUCCCAAAAGUCAAGUUUGAACCACUGACAGCAAAUUGUUUUUACAUGUGUUUUUUUUUCCUGGGGCUGGGACACUGAGAAACUUGGGUCAAUAUAUUUGAUAUAAAUAUUGAUUAAAAAAAAAUUGUCAUAAUAAUGAUUUACAAUAUUAAUUACCAUUUCCACCAUUUUUGUUUGCGAUAGAGGGGAGAGGUAAAGAUUUAGUCUUGAUUUAUAAACUAGAGUUAAUUUGUUGAUAUCCUGGUUAUGAUGAUUAUUGAUAAUUGAUUGGUUCCAGCCCCCGGUGAUGCACAAGUCACAUGAAAAUGUUUAAGCCCACCUUCAGACAAACAUUAAAGGUGGAGUCAACUGCCAUUUUUUUUAACCUGUCUCUGGGGAAACAUUAAGCCCCGCCCCUGUCUGUUAAUCACAACUCGGUCACAUGUUGUAUAAAACAAUAGCUGUAGUCUGAAAUCAAAUGGAAAUCCAAGUAAAAGUGAAAUAAAUAUAAGAAUUUAUGGAUAAGGUGAAAAAGCAACAUUUUCUAACAUAAAAAAAUAAUGGAAACAUUUGGACGUCACUUUUAGAAAAUCCUUCAAUAAUGAGACACGGCUGCAGCGUCAUCCUGGUCUGCUCGUCAUGUAAUAAAUGAGUGAAUAUGUGUGUUUACAUGUUCUGUAGGAAAAACCUCACGGGUUGAAGAAUCCUGAAUAAAGGUUUUCUCAGAAAGUGAGACGCUGUUUUUGUUCCUUGAAUCUCUGGAAAUUCGAAGCCAUGCGAAACAACUAACGACAAGGUGCCGU